AUGGAGGAGGCAGGACGUGGCGAGUCCCUGGGGGACGUGGGGUGCGAGGUGCCAUUCAUCGGCGACCAGUGCGAGCUGAAGGCCGUUGAGGGGGAGCGGCUGGUGGCGGGCCUGGCCCCCCGGGAGGCGAGCAGAUGCCAGCGAGAGGACCUGGCCAAAGCACUCUGCGUGGACCUCCAGGCCGGGCUGUCCGAGUUCUCGGUGGCCCAGCGCAGGAAGGCGCACGGCUGGAACGAGCUCGUGGCGGGCCACGCGGAGCCCAUGUGGAAGAAGUACCUGGACCAGUUUAAGAACCCGCUGAUCCUGCUGCUGCUGGCGUCGGCCCUGGUGAGCGUGCUCACGGAGGAGUACGAGGACGCCGUCAGCAUCGCCAUGGCCGUGCUGAUCGUGGUCACCGUAGCCUUCGUCCAGGAGUACAGGUCGGAGAAGUCUCUGGAAGAGCUGACCAAGCUGGUGCCUCCCGAAUGUAAUUGCAUCAGAGACGGGAAACUCCAGCACAUGCUGGCUCGAGAACUGGUUCCCGGAGACGUCGUGUCCCUGGCCAUCGGAGACCGUGUCCCCGCCGACAUCCGGCUCACCGAGGUCACGGACCUCCUGGUGGACGAGUCCAGCUUUACCGGGGAAGCCGAGCCCUGCGGGAAGACCGACGCCCCGCUGCCCGGCGAGGGCGCCCUCAGCAACAUCGUCUUCAUGGGGACCCUGGUGCAGUGCGGGAAGGGGCAGGGGGUCGUGAUCUGCACCGGGGAGAGGUCUCAGUUCGGAGAAGUGUUCAGGAUGAUGCAGGCGGAAGAGACCCCCAAGACCCCCCUACAGAAGAGCAUGGACAAGCUGGGGAAGCAGCUGACGCUCUUCUCGUUCGGCAUCAUCGGCCUCAUCGUGCUCGUCGGCUGGCUGCGGGGGAAGCCGCUGCUCAGCAUGUUCACCGUCGGGGUCAGCCUGGCGGUGGCCGCCAUCCCCGAGGGCCUGCCCAUCGUCGUCAUGGUGACGCUGGUGCUGGGCGUGCUGCGGAUGGCCAAGAAGAGGGUCAUCGUGAAGAAGCUGCCCAUCGUGGAGACGCUGGGGUGCUGCAACGUCAUCUGCUCCGACAAGACGGGGACGCUGACCGCCAACAAGAUGACCGUCACCCAGCUGGUGACGUCAGACGGGCUCCAUGCUGAGGUCAGCGGCGUGGGCUACAGUGGCACGGGUGCUGUGUGUCUCCUGCCCACCUUCGAGGUCCUCAAGGCCUUCGCCAACGUGUCGGUGGGGAAGCUGGUGGAGGCCGGCUGCAUGGCCAACAACGCCGCCAUCAGCCAGGACACGGUGCUGGGCCAGCCCACCGAGGGCGCCCUCCUGGCGCUGGCCAUGAAGAUGGACUUGGGUGACGUCAGAGAGUCCUACGUGAGGAAGAAGGAGAUUCCGUUCAGCUCAGAGCAGAAGUGGAUGGCGGUGCUGUGCAGCCCCCGGAGAGAGGAGCUGGAGGACGUGUACUUCAUGAAGGGCGCCCUGGAGGAGGUGAUGCGCUGCUGCACCACGUACAACCACGGGGGCCUCCCGCUGCCGCUGACCCCCCAGCAGCGCGCCGGCUGCCUGCAGGAGGAGAGACGGAUGGGCUCGCUGGGCCUGCGCGUGCUGGCGCUGGCCUCGGGGCCCGAGCUGGGCAGACUGACCUUCCUGGGACUCGUGGGCAUCAUCGACCCCCCACGGGCGGGUGUCCAGGAGGCUGUGCAGGUGCUCACUGAGUCCGGGGUGGCCGUGAAGAUGAUCACGGGGGACGCCCUGGAGACAGCCUUGGCCAUAGGGAGGACCAUCGGCCUGUGCUCUGGGCAGCUGAACGCACUGUCGGGGGAGGAGGUGGAGAACAUGGAGAAGCAGCACCUGGCGGAGCGCGUGGGGAAGGUGUCCGUGUUCUACAGGACCAGCCCCAAGCACAAGCUCAAGAUCAUCAAGGCCCUGCAGGAGUCGGGCGCCGUCGUGGCCAUGACGGGGGACGGGGUGAACGACGCCGUGGCCCUGAAGUCGGCCGAUAUCGGCAUUGCCAUGGGGCAGACGGGCACGGACGUGAGCAAGGAGGCGGCCAGCGUGGUCCUGGUGGAGGACGACUUCUCGGCCAUCCUGAAUGCCGUGGAGGAGGGCAAAGGGAUUUUCCAUAACAUCAAGAACUUCGUGCGUUUCCAGCUCAGCACGAGCAUCGCGGCCCUGAGCCUCGUCACGCUGUCCACCAUGUGCGACCUGCCCAGCCCCCUCAACGCCAUGCAGAUUCUCUGGGUCAACAUCAUCAUGGACGGCCCGCCUGCACAGAGCCUCGGGGUGGAGCCUGUGGACAAGGACACGCUGCGGCAGCCGCCACGCAGUGCCGGGGACGCCAUCCUGGGCCGCGGACUCCUGCUGCGGGUGCUCCUGUCGGCCGCCGUCAUCCUCAGCGGGACCCUCUUCAUCUUCUGGAAGGAGAUCCCGGUGGACAGGUCCAGCAGCCCGCGCACCACGACCAUGACCUUCACCUGCUUCGUCUUCUUCGACCUCUUCAACGCCCUGACCUGCCGCUCUCAGACCAAGCUGAUCGUGGAGCUCGGCUUCCUGCGGAACCGCAUGUUCCUGUUCUCGGUGCUGGGCUCCGUGCUGGGCCAGCUGGCCGUCAUCUACGCGCCGCCCCUGCAGAGGGUCUUCCAGACGGAGAGCCUGGGGGCGCUGGAUUUGCUGCUGCUGACCGGCUUGGCCUCGUCUGUGUUCGUCAUGUCUGAGCUCCUCAAAGUGUGCGAAAGAUUCUGCUCCGGCCCCAGGGGGGGCCCGACUCAGCCGCCCGCAGCCGUCCCGAGCCCGCCGGGCCUGGGGGGGCCUCCGCAGAGCUGAACCAGCU